CCAUGACAACAGCUUGCGUACAGUUCAAAACAACUUCCGAAUUAAUUUGAUUUAAUGCAAAGAGUUUGUUGUCAGAAUUUUUCAUGCCUCCGAAUAAAUCUAAAUAAAUCUAAACCGGUCGUUUCAGAUUCAUUACAAAGUCCCAAGUCUGUAGUAACUUCCGAGGAAAGCUCGCAAAUUCUGAAUUAACGCCUGCUUUCUCUGUAUUAAAAUUUUAAUGAGCACUGAAGUUGAAUAUGAUCAAAAGCUUGAAAAUCAAUUUAUGCCAUGGGGUUUCCCUAAUGAAUUAGUUUUAUGUGAAUCAGCUCGUCAAGGUGAUAUUAAAGCAUUGAGUAGAUCUAUUGCCAGCGGAGUUGAUGUCAACUUUUUCGAUGGUUUUGGAAAGACAGCUUUACACUAUGCAGCUGGAAAUGGAAGUUAUGAAUCAGUGAAACUUCUGGUGGCCAAUAAAGCUAAUGUGAAUAUAUGCGAUUCAAAUGGAACAACACCAUUACAUUUAGCUGCAAAAGGAAAUCAUGUAAGAGUAGUGAAGUUUCUACUAAUGUCCGGAGCUAAUAUCAAUCAUGAAUGCCUUAGUGGUGUUAAACCUAUUGAUUUAGCUGUUUAUAAUUCAGAAACUUGGAAUGUAAGUCCCAAUAAUUGUUGUUGUUGUCGUCACACUUUCGAUAUUCCAUCAACAAUUUUAUUAUUAUUUUUUUAUUUUGAAGCAAUCGUUCUCCUAUUUACUAGACUUCUGAAGUAAGUUUACAGCAAAUGUUAAUGUUUUCAAACGAUUUUACUUAGAAUCUUAGGUUACUCAAGCAUUUUCUUGGUUAGCUGAAAUAGUGCGUAGACUUGUUAAUUCUCUGUUAGUAUUCAUAACUACUGACUAACUAGUCGAACUUUAUUGAAUGCUGCCAAUGGUGAUUUGCCUAAAGUUGAACAUCUUGUACAAAUGCGUACAGUUCCACUUAUUCCACAGUUUGCUAUACAAAGAGAAAUUGAUAAACAUGCAAAAGCAAAUGAUAAGAAAAGUGCUAAGAAAAGUGGGAAAAGUAAAAGUGGAAAGAAAAGUGGUAAAGGCAAACAGAAGAAGAAAAAGUGAAAUUGAGGAAUAUUUAUAUAUACAUUUCUUGAAUUUUAUAUUUGUUAACAUAACAAUGUGCAUUGUGGAAUCAUGUGAGAUGGAUAGAAACAUGGUAAUAAUUUCGUCUCAUUUUAUUUAGACAAUUUUAUUUCUUCAGCUUUCAUCCAACAGAUCUAUUCAAAUUGUGUAAUUGUUUUAAAUGCUUAGUGUUUAUCUCAUUAAAUACCGAUCAUCAUAUAAGUUUAUUUACAAAUUUUGGUUUUCUAUCAUUUUCGAACACUAUUUAUUGUACUCGUAUCGAAAUUUAUUCAUAAUUCAAUUGUAGUAUCUUACAAGAGUUUGUUUGUUUGUCCAAGGAUUUGAUUUAUUUUAAGUUUGAUCACG